ACGAUUAUGUUUCAGUGUUCAAUUCAACUUGCCGAGCACCAGCAGAAGUCUCUCGACAUGAUGUCUGCCAGGAUUCCCAGUUUGUCUUUUACUAUUUUAUUCGUUUUCCUCUUUGCUGAAAUAUUAUGUAUGCCACAGUACAACGAGUACAACACUGUAGGCAUACGGAGUAAUCCGUCUUGUUGGCCGCCAUAUGUAUACGGAAAUUGUGCCCCUCUUCUUACUAGCAGCAGCAGUAUCCACACCCAAGAUCAAAACGUAGGGUACUAUGGCGCACGCCCCUAUGACUCUAGUUCGGCUUCCAUUUGGUUCAAACCAAAGCCGCCUCCCUGUCCGAGGAAUUAUGCGCGUAAUCGAUCAGGUUAUUGCGUUAUUCCAACGUAUGGUUAGAACUCAAUUGAAGCACAGAAAAAGUCGCGGGAUAAUUAAGCGAUUGCGAAAAACUUUAAAAUUGUUGUGCUUGUUCGGCAACUAAUAUCAAUUUUCGUUUUUAUUUCAAAAAAAUUAGAUAUUAAUAAAGAAAAGUUUCAUAAUUUUUAAA